AUGUCCUCUUCACUAUAUGCUCGAUAUGUGCCUCCGAAGAAGAAGGUGACUACGGAGCGUACCAUAGUUCCAAAUGUAGUUGUACCGCAACCACAGCCAACUCCACCUCAACCGUCACAACAACGCCCGCCGCAACCAUAUAUCCAUCCUUCCAGGGCGAACAUUGCCCCGGCCCAGCAACCAAAAACUGCGCCCAAAAGAAAACAUGAAGAUUCAACCGGAGGCCGAAAUGAAUCUGCGGCAAAUUUCAAAAAAGCCAAAAAGUCACCAUAUGUCCCAAAAGAUUUGAAACUAGCGCAACGACCACCGCCGCCGCCGCAAUCCAAUACCGCCCAAUAUGAGAGUAAAGAAGAGAAGAGGGCAGCCAAGAUUGCGCGAAGAGCACAUCAGAGAGCAUUAGAGCAGGGACUAGAAGUAGAGGAGAGACCGCAGCUGCAGACGGCACCCGUCGCAGGUGAGAAACCGGUUGAAGUCAAGCCGAAGGAGAAAAAAGCGCCAAAAAGGCCUAAAAAGAAGGCAGAAAAGGAAGAUACAGAUGAAUCAUACCGGGAAGGUGAAGAAGGGGAUGUAAAGCAUAGAUCAGUCUUGGCAAAAAGGGCGAAAUCUUUGAAGAAGGCCGAGAAGAUUGCUCGAAAGGAAAAGCAGAGAGCACUCGAAAGUGGGGAGGAUGUUGAGAUGGAAGAUGCUGAAAAGCCGCAAGAGGCCGAGGUCGAGCUUCAUGCCCUCGAACCUCUCCCACAGCCAGAGCCCGUGCCAGAAGCUCCCCCCAUCUCAAUAUACUCAGCUUUGCCUUCUUGGCUUGGAAGUCCGAUAUCCGUCGCGCCUACCGCUACAGCACAGUUCGAAGACCUCGGCCUUCCUAGUGCAGUUAUUGAGUCGCUCAAAAAAUCAGGGAUUCCAAGUGCAUUUGCAGUUCAGGCUGCUGUACUUUCACUUCUUCUUCCAGGGCCCCAGAAGCAGCCAGGAGAUGUCCUCGUAUCAGCCGCAACUGGAUCAGGAAAAACACUUGCAUAUGUUUUGCCAAUGGUGGAGGACAUCAGUCAGACUAUGGUUACUCAAUUGAGAGGUCUGAUAGUAAUGCCCACGAGAGAGCUCGUCACCCAAGCCCGGGAGGUAUCAGAUAUGUGUGCCAAUGCUUAUGGCACUGGGAGCAGAAGACAUAUUAAUGUCGGUGUAGCCAUUGGCAACCAGACACUGAGGCAAGAGCAAUCAUCUCUGAUGAAGCAGGACUUUGUUUAUGAUCCCAAAGAAUACCGUGCACGCCAAGAACGCAUAAACGCUGCGUGGAGUGGGUCGUCAGUCGGAGAUGAAGUCGCAAAUCUUCUUAUGGAGGAGGAUAUUUCGACGCCUAUCGAUCACAUUGUUCAAUACAGUCCUAAGGUGGACAUCAUGAUUUGCACGCCCGGUCGAUUGGUUGAGCAUUUGAAGUCUACUCCUGGCUUUACGCUCGAGCACCUAAAAUGGCUAGUUAUCGAUGAGGCAGACAAGUUGCUUGAUCAAAGCUUCCAACAAUGGCUUGAGACGGUAAUGGCCAGUCUUACCUCUCGUGAAACGGCUGCACCCAGUCAGCUGAGGUCCAAGGACAGAAUAACUAAGGUCGUGCUAAGUGCUACAAUGACGCGAGACAUUGGUCUUUUGUCACAACUGAAGCUUAAUAAGCCUAAAUUUGUCGUCCUCGAGGGCAAUGAGGGUAUGGGGGCUGGGGAAGGGCAAGUGGACACUCUGAACUUGCCGCACACGCUCCACGAAUCUGCCAUAAAGAUUGAUCAAGAAGGAUUGAAGCCGCUCUAUUUGCUUGAAGUUCUCAAGAGGAAUGGUUUACUUGCGCCAAAGAGUUUGCCCCAGGACGACUCAGACUCUACAUCCAGCUCAGGUUCAGACAGCGAUACUUCAGACGAUGACUCCGAUGAUGAUACCUCUUCUUCUAGAUCCUCGUCGGACUCCGAUUCGAGUUCGCCCGGUGACGAUUCUUCUUCUGAUGAUUCUUCAGACGAUGACUCUUCAUCGUCCAGCGAUGCCUCAUCAACAACUUCAGUGCCUUCUAAGAAGCUCCCAGCGAAAAAGCCGGCAGGUAACAUCAAGCUUGUCAAGCCUCAUGGCGUUCUUAUCUUCACCAAAUCCAACGAAAGCGCUGUUCGGCUAUUCCGCCUAUUAGCUCUUCUUGUUCCAUCUCGCGCCUCUGAAAUCGGAGCCAUUACUUCUACAACAUCACGAAAGCGCACACUACGCUCCUUCCGUAGCGGCGCCCUUUCCGUCCUCAUAGCAUCCGACCUUGUCGCCAGAGGUCUAGAUCUACCCAACUUGGCACAUGUGGUAAACUACGAUAUGCCGACAAGUAUCACGAGCUAUGUACACAGAGUUGGAAGAACAGCGCGUGCAGGCAAGGAGGGUGCAGCAACUACAUUGUUUUCAGCAACUGAGGGAAGGUGGUUCUGGAAUGACAUCGCCAGGAGUGGAGGGGUCAAAAGGAAAACGAAGGUUGAGAGAAUUACAAUUUCUGCAAAGGAUGUGUUCUCGGAGGAUCAGAAACAAGAGUAUGAAGUGGCGUUGGAGAAGCUUGGGGAAGAGACAAGGGGAUACAAGGAGACGAAUCAAAACACUGGAGAUAUCUGA